AUGGGCUCGUACGCUCCCCUUCACGACCAAGAGGUCCACACCAUCCACAUCCCCGAGGACGUGCGCCGGUCGGGCACCCCGACGCUCGACCUCAUCGGCGAAGGGGUCGCGUUCCUGCACAAAGACGGCAUCGUCGUGCUCGACAACGCCAUCGACCCGGCACACCUCGACGCGCUCAACGCCCAGUUGUCGCCCGAGGCGCUCGAGAUCGCCGCCGACCCGGACCACCACUUCAACUUUGGCAAGCACACGCGCAACAUGGACCAGGCGCCGCCGCCGACCAGGGACCUCAUGUUCAAGGACGUCUGGUGCAACCCGUUCGCGGCGGCCAUCCUCGCGGCGGUCCUGGGCCCGCGCCCCGUCGUCCACUACGCCAACGGCAACACGGCCCUCCAGGCGCCCCCGGACGGCCGCCAGCCCGUCCACUCGGACUGCGAGUUCGCGCACCCGGCCUACUUCCCCUUUGCGUACGUCAUCAACAUCAACCUCGUCGACGUGACGGCCGAGAACGGCGGGACCGAGGUGUGGGUGGGGAGCCACCACGUGUCGGUGCACGAGGCGCACAACCGGGUCUCCACCACGGGACGAACAGAAAGCGGUGAUGACGGUGGCGAAGAAGAAGAAGAAGUGGUGGAAGGCCUCCUGACGAUCCGGCCCGACGCGCUCGAGACGCGCCGCAAGCACUCGCCGCCCGUGCAGGUGCGCACGCGCAAGGGCAGCCUGAUCCUGCGCGACCUGCGGCUCUGGCACGCGGGCAUGCCCAACCUGACGGCCGACCCGCGCAUCAUGCUCGCCUUCGUGGCCAGCCCGGCCUGGUGGCGCGGCCGCAGCGCCGUCAAGCUGCCCCUCGCGGUCAAGGACACGGUCGAAUCCUGGGCCGACGAGAUGGCCUACGCGGCCGACUGGGUCGACGGCGAGGUCGACCACAAGAAACUGCGCAGCAACGGCGUCGACUUUGACGGCGACGCCAAAGUUCUAGAGACGUUUCGCACCGAGCUCAGCGUGUGGCCUGAGUAUCGGCCCCGGUGGUACUGA